GGCCCUGCGAGGCGGCGGGGGCACGGGGGUCCAGGGGCCGGUGCGGGGCCCUUCCCGGGCCGGGGGGGUGCGGACCUGGGCCUCCUGGGGAGGCGAUUGCCCAACAAAGGAUCCUUGGGGCGCCUGCCCUCGAGGGCCUCCCCGCCCCCGGUUCCGGCCCCCCCAGGCGCCCCGGACCCGGCUUUCCGGGGCUCCCCAGCCCGGCCCCGUCGUCACCGGCUUGGGCGGCCCUCAUCGGCCACGCGUCUACGUUCCAGGUGCGGCCGGGAGUGGCCAUGUCCCACGGUCCCAAGCAGCCCGGCGCGGCCGCCGCGCCGGCGAGCGGCAAGGCUCCAGGACAGCAUGGGGGCUUCGUGGUGGCUGUCAAGCAAGAGCGCGGCGAGGGCCCGAGGGCCGGAGAGAAGGGGUCCCACGAGGAGGAGCCGGUGAAGAAGCGAGGCUGGCCCAAAGGCAAGAAGCGGAAGAAAAUCCUGCCGAAUGGGCCCAAGGCACCUGUCACCGGCUACGUGCGCUUCCUGAACGAGCGGCGCGAGCAGAUCCGGACGCGCCACCCGGACCUGCCCUUUCCUGAGAUCACCAAGAUGCUGGGCGCCGAGUGGAGCAAGCUGCAGCCGGCGGAGAAGCAGGGCUACCCUGCCCCUGGGCUGGGCCAAGCCUUCUCAUGCUGCCCCCGCCAGCGGUACCUAGACGAGGCUGAGCGGGAGAAGCAGCAGUACAUGAAGGAGCUGAGGGCGUACCAGCAGUCAGAAGCCUACAAGAUGUGCACAGAGAAGAUCCAGGAAAAGAAGAUCAAGAAAGAGGACUCCAGCUCCGGGCUCAUGAAUACCCUUUUGAAUGGACACAAGGGUGGAGACUGUGACGGCUUCUCCACUUUCGACGUCCCCAUCUUCACGGAAGAGUUCUUGGACCAAAACAAAGCGCGGGAGGCGGAGCUGCGGCGCCUGCGGAAGAUGAACGUGGCCUUCGAGGAGCAGAACGCGGUGCUGCAGAGGCACACGCAGAGCAUGAGCAGCGCGCGCGAGCGCCUGGAGCAGGAGCUGGCGCUGGAGGAGCGGCGGACACUGGCGCUGCAGCAGCAGCUCCACGCGGUGCGCCAGGCGCUCACCGCCAGCUUCGCCUCGCUGCCGGUGCCGGGACCCCGCGCUUACAGACCCCCACCCUCUGACCUCUGCUUCGGUGGAGACCCCACCGCGGUGACUCCGCUGGGCUCGGCUGACGGGUCCCCCCCCCCCAGGCACAGGCGAGACGCCCACGCUCAGCACCCUGGACUUCUACAUGGCGCGGCUGCACGGUGCCAUAGAGCGCGACCCCGCGCAGCACGAGAAGCUCAUCGUCCGCAUCAAGGAGAUCCUGGCCCAGGUCGCCAGCAUCCCUCUAGCUAUCAGUCUCCCCAGCACCCCAACCCAGAAAAAUCGCCCACCACGCACAGUGCACAGAACCCCAUGGCCCCAGGGCCCACCACAGGGCACGUCACACUACACGGAUGUGGGAACAGCACGCAUGGACAGCGUGACCCGGGACAGGAGGAGACCCGCAGCCGCUCAUCCGCCCAGUGUGGGGAGAGUUACACACCCUACACCGGCUCUCCAGGACCAGUCCCUGGACACAGAGCAGAGAAAACCCACACCUGACACACUGGGACUCCUGCCUGGCAGGUGCCACCCUAAGUGCCCACACGGCCAGGCACGCCGCAGGGACACACUCUCACACUCCGGGCGGGGCCCUCUACCCCAGAAUGGGGGGGCUGGUACUGACCACCCUACCCUCAUCCAGCUGAGGGACCCCCAUGGAGGGGGCCCCUUUGCCACUGCUCAAUUGGACUUUUUAAAUAAAAAUGGAAUUUGAAUUUCAA